AUCACGGUUUCCAAGUUUCAAACCUAAACUUUUUUUUUUUAAUAAAAUCUGACUAAAAAUAUAUAAGAUUUAUUUAAUAAAAAUGAAGAAAUGAUAAAUAUAAAAUUUGGGUCUGAACUCCUCUCUCUUUCAUACAGAACCCUAAUCGCCUCUUCCCCUCUCUCUCUCUUCCUCUCGCGCCUCUCCUUUCUUUCUCUUGGCAGUUGAUGAUGCGCAGCUUCCUCCAGCGACAAGCGCCUGGGACUUUGCGGAUUUAUGGCGUAGACCGUGGAUGCAACGGCUGGGGUUCUGGUUAGGUGGCCGGCGGAGAUGCCUUCUUCUCCGGCAUUGAGGUCUUCUCCUGGAAGGGAAUUGAGGGGUGGGAAACUAAGCACUUAUAAGGAACUAUGCAAUUUGGCUAAUGAAAUGGGGCAACCUGACCUAAUUUAUCUGUUUAUGGAUUUGGCUAAUCAUCAAGCAUCUCUAAACUCAAAUAGGGGUGCUGCAUUUGGGUUUUCUAAGAUUGCAAAGCAAGCAGGGGAUAUUCUUAAGCCACAUUUGCAUUCAUUAAUUCCAAGGCUUGUUCGUUAUCAGUAUGAUCCCGAUAAAAAUGUGCAGGAUGCAAUGUCACAUAUAUGGAAGUCACUAGUGGAAGAUUCAAAGAAGACAAUCGAUGAACUUUUGGAUGUUAUUAUUGAUGAUUUGUUGAUUCAAUGUGGUUUUAGAUUAUGGCGUUCACGUGAGGCGUCCUGUAUUCAAAAUGUUCAUAUAGAUUUAGUUGUAUUCAAAAUGUUCAUAUAGAUUUAGUUGUAUUCAAAAUGUUUUCUAAGUGUCUACUGUGUUUAUAAUUGAUUUGUACAUAAAAAAAAUAUAUUUUUUCUUUGGUAAAAUAAUUUGUUUAUGCUAUUGAGAUUAAUAAAAUUCAUCUGUUCUUGU